ACAAAUGAUUAUGUGUUGGGUGCAUUGUUUGCUUAUUUUCUCAACUCAGCAGAUUGACCACUUAUAAACUACUGUACUUCACAGUACGGUUUUGUAUUUCACUUUUGGUAUACACAAAAAUCACAAUGAAGUAUUUUUUACUUUAUUUCUGUGCGUUUUUCUUUGGAAUUGUUAAAAAGUUGAAAGUUUGCAAUGUAUGGAUGAAAAUAACAAUCCUGUCGACUGGUAUAUUUUGUACAAAAUUCCGCAUAUAAAGAAAGGUGCACCGAGCGAACUUAUCAAGAAUGGCUUCGCAUACAUGUAUUUAACAUCAGAUAACGAUGAGAAUUGGACUUUAUCAAAUAUAAACAUCAUGGAUAAUGAAAAAUCGUUUUUGGCAACCACUUUGGCACCAGUGUAUCAAUCGGAGAAUGAUAAUAAUAUUGCACACAUUUUCUACAACGAUGAAAAACCAAGCGGUGGUAACAAAGGCACCAAAGGACACACAAAAGGAGCACUGGCCACUGAUCAAAAAGGCGGUUUUUGGUUAAUACAUUCAACCCCCGCGUUUCCUCCAAGUGUAAACGAUAAUUAUUCAUAUCCUUUAUCAGGCACUGUCUAUGGCCAAAGCAUCCUGUGUAUUUCCCUAGAUACUUUGAAUCUAAACAAUGCCGCCUUACAGUUAUUCUAUGACCAACCCCAAGUUUAUUCUAGCAAUUUUCCUUCAGAUUUAAUGCUUUAUUACCCUAAUAUGAAGAGGAUAAUUGAUCAUGAAUCAAUUGAUUCGCCGCCUUGGUUCAUGAUUCAAAGUUUAAAGACCUUAAAAGAACAGGAAUUUGUUUCAUUUGCCAAGACAAAGGAUUUCUCAAAGGAAUUAUAUGAAGAUUUAGUUGCACCUGGGUUAAAUAGUAGUCUGGAAGUGGAAUCAUGGUUAAAUGGUCCAGGGAAACUGGCAUCAAACUGCAGUAAACAUUUUAGUGUGAAAAAUAUCGAAGAAAUCACCUUAAAGGAAGCAGAUGUUUCAUUUUCAUCAUCUCUGGACCAUUCAAAGUGGGCAGUAUCAUCAGAAACAAAUCAGAAUUGGAUAUGUAUUGGAGAUAUUAACAGAGCUGAACACCAAAAGAAAAGAGGAGGAGGUACCACAUGCAUCAACAACCCACAAAUUGCACAUCUGUACAAACAAGCAGCAGUAACAAUUGAAAACUGUAACAAAAUGUCAUAAUUCGCCCAAAAGUUCAAGUACUACACAUAAUUUUAUUUUUAUUUACAACAUUAGUACACAUAUGUCUCCUGCA